CAUUUUAGUUUGCCGAGCUAGUCAUAUCUGAUUUGCCUCUAACAUUUAGUUGUCGUCCAGGUAAUCUGUAUCAAAUUAGACAAGGAAUUGGGAACCAGCUUUUGCAAGCCACAGAGCCCUUGUUUGAGCACUGCCGAGCGUGCAGUCUUCAUAGAGAAGCAAGACAAGAUGAGGAUUGGAUAGGAUGUAAGAAAUGUGACAAGUUCUUUCACUAUGGGUGUAUAGGAGUGUCUAAUUUUAUUUGUGGAAUGUGUUCCUCGCUUGAUCAACGUUCUGUGAAUCUGGAGCCUAAUCUGAGAAAAGAUCCUCCGAAGGUAUGGAAAAUCAGAAGACACUGUAAAGGAUAAUGUAGAAAGACACAAGGCCGUUGGGAGCAAAGUCAACGAACUUGAAAACAAUGUAGAUACAGAGAACAGCUAUGAUAAUGUUGAGAAAAUGGAAGAUGACAUCAUCAUUGAGAACAGAGAAGAGGAAGUUGAAAAUCAGGCUGUAUCAAGCCAGGAUAGAAUACAAACAGAUUUCAUAAACAGUCAUGUAAACAGUGUUGUUGCAUAUUUGGAGGAGAUUAUGGACUGCUCUGUACAAGACUGUGAAGAAGUUGAUCAUGCACGUCAUCAUCAGUUCAUAAAAAAUCCUUAUUUGAUGUACAAGGAGUUUACAAAAAAGUUCUGUUUUGGGGAGAAAUUUAUAAGCUCAGAGGUUAUGGAGCAUCUACAAACAGUGCUGACAGAAAAAAUGUGUGUCAGCAAGCCAGUACCUGGGUCCAUCUUCAAAAGAUACAGUUCAUAUCAACACCUGCAAAAUCAACACCUGGAAAAAAUCCUGAUAGAAAACAUGUUGUAAGUUUUUGUUCUUUUCCAUGAAAUUUGAGCCUCUAUGUACAUGUUAUUUUCACC